AAAAAACUAAUUCUUCCAAAAAGAGAUGAUUAUUCCUCACAAUGACCAGACAGCCUCUGCUUUCCUUUUGUUUUCUUCCAAGUGGAGAUUCAACCAUAAUAGAAAGAAUGGAGAACUAUUAACCACCUUUCUUCGGUGGGUUGUGAUUUUCAGAGAGGAAUGUUGAGAGGUGGUUUUCAAUGUUGGGACUCAAACGUAAAGACAGUAAAGGACAGAAAUCUUUGGCAGAGGUAAGAUCUUCUUCGGUCACCAUACUUGAGUUAACUGUAGGGAAGUGGAGGUUUCCAUCUGGAAUUCUAUAGCUUCUUCCAGGUCAUAGAGUCUACCCCCCACCUUCUGGUGUCUCCAGAUAUGAAGCAUGAAUGAAAAUGGGAAAUUUCCUGGCCUUCCUUCUUCUCAACUUUCAUGUCUGCGUCCUUUUGCUUCAGCUGCUCAUGCCUCACUCAGCUCAGUUUGCUGUGGUUGGACCGCCUGGGCCCAUCCUGGCCAUGGUAGGUGAAGAUGCUGAUCUGCCCUGUCACCUAUUCCCAACCAUGAGCGCAGAGACCAUGGAGCUGAGGUGGGUGAGUUCCAACCUAAGGCAGGUGGUGAACGUGUAUGCAGAUGGAAAGGAAGUGGAAGACAGGCAGAGUGCAGCGUAUCGAGGGAGAACUUCGAUUCUACGGGAUGGCAUCGCUGCAGGGAAGGCUGCUCUCCGAAUACACAACGUCACAGCCUCUGACAGUGGAAAGUACUUGUGUUAUUUCCAAGAUGGCGACUUCUAUGAAAAAGCCCUGGUGGAGCUGAAGGUUGCAGCACUGGGUUCUGAUCUUCACAUUGACGUGAAGGGUUAUGAGGAUGGAGGGAUCCAUCUGGAGUGCAGGUCCACUGGCUGGUACCCACAACCCCAAAUACAGUGGAGCAACGACAAGGGAGAGAACAUCCCGGCUGUGGAAGCACCUGUGUUUGCAGAUGGAGUGGGCCUGUAUGCAGUAGCAGCAUCCGUGAUCCUGAGAGGCAGCUCUGGGGAGGGUGUUUCCUGUACCAUCAGAAGUUCCCUCCUCGGCCUGGAAAAGACCGCCAGCAUUUCCAUCGCAGGCCCCUUCUUCAGGAGCGCCCAGAACUGGAUCGCUGCCCUGGCAGGGACCCUGCCUGUCUUGCUGCUGCUUCUUGGGGGAGCCAGUUACUUCCUGUGGCGACAGCAGGAGGAAAAAAAGACUCUGUUCAGAAAGAAAAAGAGAGAGCAAGAGUUGAGAGAACUGGCAUGGAGCACAGUGAAGCAAGAAAAAAGCAUAAGAGAGAAGCUCCUGGAGGAACUCAGAUGGAGAAGUAUGCAGUACACGGUUUUGGGAGAGAGACCUUCAGCCUAUAAUGAAUGGAAAAAGGCCCUCUUCAAGCCAGCGGAUGUGAUUCUGGAUCCCAAAACAGCAAACCCCAUCCUCCUUGUUUCUGAGGACCAGAGGAGUGUGCAGCGUGCCAAGGAGCCCCAGGAUCUGCCAGACAACCCUGAGAGAUUUGAUUGGCAUUAUUGUGUUCUCGGCUGUGAGAGCUUCAUGUCAGGGAGACAUUACUGGGAGGUGGAGGUAGGGGACAGGAAAGAGUGGCAUAUAGGGGUGUGUAGUAAGAAUGUGCAGAGAAAAGGUUGGGUCAAAAUGACACCUGAGAACGGAUUCUGGACUAUGGGGCUGACUGAUGGGAAAAAGUAUCGGACUCUAACUGAGCCCAGAACCAACCUGGAACUUCCGGAAUCCCCUAGGAAAGUGGGGGUCUUCCUGGACUAUGAGACUGGAGAUAUCUCAUUCUACAAUGCUGUGAAUGGAUCGCAUAUUCAUACUUUCAUGGACAACUACUUCUCUGAGCCUCUAUAUCCUGUUUUCAGAAUUUUGACUUUGGAGCCCACUGCCCUGACCAUUUGUCCAGCGCCAAAAGAAGAAGAGAGUGUCUCCCUAGAGACACCAGUGACCCUGGGCUUAGCUAGGGAAAGUGGGGAGCCUCAGGCUGAAGUAACUUCUCUGCUUCUCCCUGCCCAGCUUAGGGCUGAGGGCCUCCCCCUCUACAGCAACCAAUCACAACCAUAA